AUGCCGUUCCUCAAGCGGACUGAGCGUGAGGCUCAGCAGGCCAAUCAACUUGAGAAGGCUCCCUCUCCCACCGCUGGUGCUGGCCAGAAGGUUACCUUCCUUGCUGUAUACCUUGGACUGGUCGCCUCGAUAGGUGGAUUCAUGUUCGGCUAUGUCUCUGGACAGAUCUCAGGUUUCUUCCAAAUGGAGGACUAUGCUCGACGCUUCGGUGAACUGCAGAGCGAUGGCUCCUACACCUUCUCUGCCGUCCGACAGGGAACGAUCACAGCUUUGCUCUGCGCAGGAUGUCUGUUCGGUGCUCUUAUUGCCGGCAAGAUUGCGGAUGUCCUUGGCCGUCGACUUUCGAUCUCUUGCUCUGCAUUCUUCUGCUGCAUUGGAACCGUCAUCGAAAUCUCCUCCAACACGUCUUGGGUGCAAUUUGCCGUUGGACGCCUCGUAAACGGAUUUGGAAUUGGCUCCCUCUCCGUACUUGUCCCAAUGUACCAAUCUGAAAGCUCGCCAGCGAUCAUCCGUGGUGUCCUCGUUUCAUCGUACCAGCUUUUCAUUACGCUCGGUAUUUGGACUGCGGAAAUGGUCUGCUACGGCACUCACGAUGACAGCACCAGUGCCUCAUGGCGCAUCCCGAACGGUCUCUCCUUCUUGUGGGCGCUCAUCCUCGGCGCCGGUAUCCUCUUCCUGCCCGAGAGCCCUCGAUAUGCAUACCGUAUUGGACGUGAAGAGGAGGCUCGUAACACCCUUGCUAGACUUGCUGGACUGGCGCCAGAUUCUCGCGAGAUCAACAUACUCGUCAACGAGAUCCGGGUCAAGCUCGACGAGGAGACGGCCGGUGUGGACACUGCUUGGCACGAGAUCUUCACCGGACCAAAGAUGUUCUACCGCACCGUCCUUGGUAUUGUUCUGCAAGCAGGACAGCAGCUUACUGGCGCGAACUUCUUUUUCUACUACGGUACAACUAUCUUCAAGGCCACUGGUCUGAACGAUAGCUACGUUACCCAGAUCAUUCUGGGAACUGUCAACGUUGCCUGCACUUUCGGUGGUCUUUACGUGGUGCAAAAGUGCGGCAGACGCAGUGCCUUGAUGGCUGGAGCUGCUUGGAUGUUCAUGUGCUUCAUGAUCUACUCCUUCGUUGGUCACUUCGCUCUCAGCCAGAGCGAUCCUGCCUCCACCCCGGCUCCUGGAAACGUUCUGAUCGUCUUCUCGUGCCUUUUCAUCGCUGCAUUUGCGACAACAUGGGGACCAAUCGUCUGGGCCGUCGUUGGUGAACUAUAUCCUUCGAGAUACCGCGCUCCUUGCAUGGCGCUGGCCACUGCAUCCAACUGGCUGUGGAACUUCCUAAUCUCAUUCUUCACCCGCUUCAUCACCGACGAAAUCGACUACCUCUACGGACUGGUUUUCGGUGGCUGCUGUCUGGCCUUAUUCGCGAUCGUGUUCUUCUUCGUCAUCGAGACCAAAGACCGGAGUCUUGAAGAGAUCGACACCAUGUACGUUCUGGGCGUCAACCCGAUCACGAGCUCUAAAUGGGACGGCAGCAAGCUCCCAGAGAGCAAGGACACCAGUGGACGCAACAGCAGUGAUGCGGCUGAUGCUGAGCGUCAGAACUCGCAAGCUCCUGUUCAGAGAGUGCCGACGGUGACGAUUGAGGAGUAA